GUCACUCUUGCCGGCCGGUGCUCGUCUCGUUGCUCCGCUUUAGGCCGGGCUGUGGUGUAGCUCUGUGUUUGUUGUCCUGAGGCAAGUCUGUGCGCCGCCGGGGGAUGGCGGAGGCCGGGGUGUCGGCUGCUGAGUUGGUGGCUGAAACGAGGAGAAGUGGUGGUGGGGAGGCCGAGCUCCGAAGCCCCGGGUGGAAUGAGUCUCAGUUACGUUCCUACCAGUUUCAGACCCGACCGAUCCCGCGUCUACAGCACUCUGAUCCCAGAGCGGAAGAGCUCAUCGAUAAUGAGGAACCUGUAGUUCUGACUGAUACAAAUCUGGUUCAUCCAGCUCUGAAGUGGGACUUGGACUUUCUGAAGGAAAACAUUGGCACUGGGGACUUUUCUGUGUACAGUGCCAACAGCCACAAGUUUCUUUAUUAUGACGAGAAGAAAAUGGUUAACUUUAAGAACUUCAAACCCAAGUCCGUUAGGCAAGAAAUGAAGUUCCCGGAGUUUGUAGAGAAGCUCAGAGAUAUAGAACAGAGAGGUGGUGAUGAGAGGUUAUAUUUGCAACAAACUCUGAAUGAUACUGUAGGGCGAAAAAUUGUGGUGGAUUUCUUGGGUUUUAACUGGAAUUGGAUUAAUAGGCAACAAGCAAAGCACGGCUGGGGCCAGCUGACUUCAAACCUGCUGCUGAUCGGCAUGGAAGGAAACGUGACACCGGCGCACUAUGACGAGCAGCAGAACUUCUUUGCCCAGAUUAAGGGAUACAAGCGAUGUAUCCUCUUUCCGCCCGAACAGUUUGAAUGCCUCUAUCCUUAUCCAGUUCACCAUCCCUGUGACAGACAGAGCCAGGUGGAUUUUGAAAAUCCUGAUCUAGAGCGGUUUCCUAACUACAGGAAUGUGGUUGGUUAUGAGACAGUGGUGGGACCCGGUGAUGUUUUGUAUAUACCUAUGUACUGGUGGCACCAUAUUGAAUCGUUACUGGAUGGAGGGGUAACAAUUACAGUAAACUUCUGGUAUAAGGGAGCCCCAACCCCGAAAAGAAUAGAAUACCCACUGAAGGCUCACCAGAAGGUAGCAAUCAUGCGAAAUAUUGAAAAGAUGCUUGGAGAAGCCCUUGGAAACCCACAAGAGGUUGGACCUUUGUUAAACACAAUGAUAAAGGGGCGCUAUGAUUAAUUGGAGCUGUAAAGAGCAGUGAACUAGUGUGUGUGCUGCUGCUUUCUUGAUUCACUUGUGAGAUGAGCAAAAAGCAUAAUGACGAUUGGAAGCACUUAACUGGCCAACUGUUCUCGGUACUUUGGAUUACACCACUCACUACUGUACUUUAAGAUCUUCUGUAUUUAUUUUCUGGUUGCUGAAGACAAGGAAGAUGAUGACCAACAAAACAAUGCAACACCUAAUGUUCCUUGGACUCUGUUCAGACAGUGGACUCGGAUGGCUUUUUAUUUGCCCAUUUCCCAUCUUGUCUGCAUGUUUACCACAUCCCUUCACUGCUUCAGGUACCAUAUCCAAAGACCUCAAUCAGCCAUGACAAACUUUUGCUUUAACUAAGGCACCCUUCAUGGACAAUUUUUGAUAACCUAUACAUUUUUUUUUUCUGCCAUUGAACUUGUUCUGUAUCUAAUAUAAAGCUUAUGCGUUACAGACAUCUUGAGAAGGAAACGGUUGUAAUAACGCUAAUUGACUACUCAGGCAAUUACAUUUAGGUAACACAUGUCUUCACCUUUUGGAAAAAAACACAUGUAUAAUAUU